UCAAAUAACAGCAAGAAGUGAGGGAAAACCCAGGUUUCAGUGUUUCACCCUUCCCUUCCUUAAUCACUCUUCAGCGCUCCAAUUAACAACACACUUGUCCCAGAUUUCGGAGUUUUCUUUAGUUUUAGUUCUUCUGCCGAGACACGAUUUGCCGAAAGUGAAAGAGAGAGAAGAAAAUAAAAAAUAAAAAGGAGAAAAAUUGGGUUCAGGAGAAGAAGAAGAAGAAGAAGAAGAAGAAGAAGAUGGGAGAGAUGUUGGAGCUGAGCCCGGACGAAGAGAGAAUAAUGAUCAGAGACAUUGCCCUCUCUUCUCAAUCUAAUAGCAAAGAAGGCGACACCUUCUUCUUAAUCACUCAGAGAUGGUGGCAACAUUGGAUUGAAUAUGUGAACCAAGAUCAGUCAAACAAUUCUUAUGAUGGUUCCUCCUUUUUAGAAUAUGGUGACUUGCCAAAUUCAAAUGCUUUAAAGAGGCCUGCUGUUAUUGAUAAUUCUGAUUUGAUAGAUGAUUCUGUGUCAGAGGACUCUAGUACGGGUAUUGAUAUUCAUGAUACACUUUUAGAAGGUCGUGACUAUGUAUUACUUCCCCAAGAAGUUUGGAACCAAUUAUAUGCAUGGUAUGGUGGUGGACCUACAUUGCCAAGGAAAGUUAUCAGUGCAGGUCUUUCCCAGACAGAGCUGGCCGUAGAGGUGUAUCCUCUACGGCUUCAAUUACUCAUGUUGCCAAGAAAUGAUCGUACCAGCAUAAGAAUAAGCAAGAAGGAAACCAUUGGACAGCUUCACAGGAAAGCUUGUGAAAUAUUUGAUCUUCCAUUGGACCAAGUAUGUAUUUGGGAUUACUAUGCCCGCCGGAAGAAUGCCUUGAUGAAUGACAUGGACAAAACACUUGAUGAUGCCAAUAUACAAAUGGACCAAGAUAUUCUUGUUGAGGUUAUCAACAAUACGAAUGACACAUGCUCUGCCCAUGAAAAUGGGUCUGCGCAGAGGGAAGCAAAUUCUGUUCUUGUCGAGCCUUCAAACUCAAAUUUAUCAAUUGCUGGUGGCCUGUCUGCUAGCAGGGUUCCCUCUAGAAGCUAUAAUGCAGAUCUUUCUUCUUCUCAGAACCUAAAUCCUCCAGCCAGAGAUGCGGAAAAUCCUUAUGGGAGUGGUGUCACCACACGAGGUUCAGUGAGUGGUCUCACCGGGCUGCUGAAUCUUGGCAACACUUGUUUCAUGAAUAGUGCAAUACAGUGUCUUGUCCAUACACCAGAGUUUGCUAGGUACUUUCGGGAGGACUAUCACCAAGAGAUAAAUUGGCAAAAUCCAUUGGGCAUGGUUGGUGAGCUAGCCCUAGCCUUUGGUGAGUUGCUUCGUAAACUAUGGGCACCUGGGCGAACGCCAAUUGCUCCUCGGCCUUUUAAAGCCAAGCUUGCUCGCUUUGCACCUCAGUUCAGUGGGCACAAUCAGCACGAUUCUCAGGAGCUUUUAGCAUUUCUGCUGGAUGGUCUUCACGAAGACUUGAAUCGUGUUAAACACAAACCAUAUAUAAAGUCUCGAGAUGCAGAUGGCCGACCAGAUGAAGAAGUGGCUGAUGAGUAUUGGGCAAAUCAUAUUGCUCGCAAUGAUUCCAUAAUUGUUGAUGUUUGCCAGGGGCAAUACAAGUCAACAUUGGUUUGUCCAGUUUGCAAUAAAGUCUCUGUCACGUUUGAUCCUUUUAUGUACCUUUCCUUGCCACUCCAGUCAACCAGCAGCAGGACCAUGACAGUGACAGUUUUUACUUGUGAUGGAACUGCCCUGCCAUCUCCUUGUACUGUAACUGUGCCUAAGCAGGGACGCUGCAAAGAUCUGAUUCAGGCUCUCAGCAAUGCUUGCUCACUGAAGCAUAACGAGAGACUGUUGCUUGUAGAGGUACGAAACCAUUUGAUUCAUAGAUUUCUUGAAGAUCCUCUUCAGUUGUUGUCCACUAUCAAAGAUGAUGACCAUGUUGCUGUUUACAAGAUUCCAAAGAUAGAGAAAAACACAAAGUAUCUCCAGUUGAUCCACCGCCGGAGAGAGCAUGACUCGCACACUGUAUCAGGAUGGAAGCCAUAUGGAACACCUAUUGUGUCAUUGAUCUCAUGUGAUGAUCCAGUUACAAGAGGCGAUAUACAAGUGAUAGUUAAUCGUAUGCUCUCUCCACUGUUGAGGAAAAGUGGCAAUACAGAGCACACUAAUACAGAAACCAGCAUCACAAAAGCUGCUGGCGACAAUGCUUCUAGCGAUGCAUAUGCUACCAACUUGGUGUCAAAUUCAGUAAAUAAGGCAGGACGAAUGCCAACACUACCCCUUCUUUUGAUAGAUGAAAGCAAUGCUUGCAUUGAUCUUUCUAUGGGAGAGGAUAAAGUUGUUAAACUUCCUUCUUCGUCAACACUUCUAGUGUAUAUUGAUUGGUCUCAAAAGCUUCUGGAGAAGUAUGAUACUCAUCCACUUGAGACUUUGCCUGAAGUUUUAAAAUACGGGCCCGUGUCCAAGAAAGCUCGUACUGAACCCCUCUCAUUGUACACCUGUUUGGAAGCUUUUCUGCGUGAAGAACCUCUGGUGCCUGAAGAUAUGUGGUACUGUCCCCAAUGCAAAGAGAGAAGACAAGCAAGCAAAAAGCUUGACUUGUGGAGGCUCCCAGAGGUUUUGGUCAUUCAUUUGAAGAGGUUCUCAUACAGCAGGUCAAUGAAGCAUAAACUAGAGACCUUUGUUAACUUCCCGGUUCAUGACUUUGACUUAACGAACUAUGUAGCCAAUAAAAACAAUUCUCGGCGUCAGCUGUAUGAACUGUAUGCCCUCACAAACCAUUAUGGUAGUAUGGGUAGUGGUCAUUACACUGCACAUAUCAAGCUCUUAGAUGAAAACAGGUGGUACAAUUUUGACGACAGCCACAUAUCACCCAUAAGUGAGGAUGAUGUGAACACUGCAGCUGCCUAUGUUCUAUUUUACCGGAGGGUGCGGAGUGACGAUGAUUCUGUUAGCAAUGGGGCCUAGUCUUCUGUGUUGUCGACAAUGUCGUACGAUGCAUGUGUCAAUAAGGCAUCUAGUUAUAAUUCCCAGAGAAGUUGUAGAAACUAGAUAGGUAGCAGCUCAGGUGUCUCAAUCUAGGGAUUUUGUUAUAUGUAUGGAAUACAAAAUCAUGUUCAUAUUAGAGUAGUAACGGAGUUAAUAAUCAUAGAUGAACUUUUUAAACUUUUGUUCCUUUUUCCCCUCUUUUCCUGUUGACUUGAUUACUGGAUCGGGGAAGUCGAAAUUGAAAUGCUUUGGAUUCAGAAGCACAUGGCAACUAAAUUGAUCAAUGCAGGGCCUUUCUGAGCAUGCCAGCAGCAACAAUGUGACACCAUGCAAUUUUUAUCUCGAGAAAUUGUAAUUAAGAGAGUUUUUGUAUUAUAUUAUAUUAUUUUAUUUUAUUCGAUGAACAUUCAACAUUCUGCAGAAUCAGAUGUGACUUUAGCUAGAGGAUUCUAGGUUUAAACUUAAAAGUGGGAAAGGCUAGGGAUAGGUGUUGUAGGUUGAAACAACAAAGGAGGGUGUAUCUGUUACCUUGCAGUAAUAUCUGAAUAUGUAAGUGGUAUAUCUGUUUGCUUA